AUGCACCGGAUGACCGGGGAGAAAGUGGUUCUUCGUUGUCCCGUGGGCCCGUCGCCAAGUGCCGGCAGCAACCCCGUGCAGUGGACGAAGAAUGGCAAUGUGAUCAGCGACCAGACGAAUACACAGUUCGCGCUGGAAAUGGCAUUGCCAGCUGACAGCGGCACUUACGAAUGCGCCCUGAAGAACAAAGCCUCAACCUCAGUGCAAAGUUUCAACAUCACCAUCAAACCAGUUCGGUCCGAAGGAUGCGCCGAUGGAACUUCGGAAGGGUUUCACGAUUCACAAGACAUCGUCGGCUGCGCUGGCAGCUGGAAGGGCCAUGUGAAACGAGCCGGCCAAUCGCUUUGCAGCAAAGGUUGGCGUGUGUGCGGCCCAAAGGACAAACCGUUGUUCAAGACGGUCAAUUCGCGUUACUGGUCUGAAUACGGUGGGUGUUUCGCGUACAAUGCAGCGCAGACAGCAACUAAAUGCAGAAGGUGUAUCAAUCACUACAGUAUGGCGGCACUGGGAAAAGACUGUGCCGUCAACGAAAAGUCUCGCAACUCGAUUAGGAUGAGUAGAAAGUGCUUCGACAGACGUCAUAUGCAGGUGUACAGCGACAAGUUCAUCAAGAACAACGGCGGGGGUGGAUGUCUGUACAGGAAAAACCACAAGAUCACCGGCGUACUGUGCUGCAAGAUCCGGAAGAGCGACGGCAAACUAAAAAAGAAGCAAACCACGUGCAACCCGGCGUGUGAAAACGGAGGUGUGUGCACGCAUCGGGGAGUAUGCGCCUGUCCAAAAGGAUUCCAUGGUCAUUUCUGUCAACAUACAUCGGAAUCAUGCAGUCCGAAGUGCCUCCAUACCGGCAAGUGCAUGAACGGCUAUUGCUACUGCAGGUUCCCAUAUUACGGUAAAUUUUGUCAGCAAAAAGCAGACCUACCUCUGAAAGACGAAGUCCGACAACGACGGGACAGAAACACGACCCAUUUGCCAUGA